CCGUUGUGGGAAAUGGGACCAAAAGUCUCGACUUUCGUUUGUGGAAAAUCUAGUGACCCAUAUUUAUUUAAAGGAUGAUACUGAGACUAUUUUUUGCCCUGUAAAAAGUUGCUAAAAAAUAGUUUUGAAGAUUUGCCAUAUGUGCUUUUCAAGGAUUUCGGAUUUCUCAAGUUUACAAGUUUCGAAUGACCAUAGGAAUAGCUGUUACCAAAAAACGCCUAUUGGAUUCUUUAGAUGCACAUAGUAAACAAUUGAUUAGCAGACAAAGACAAGAACACAGCUUGUCCAGGAAGAAAGGAGAAAUUCUUCAGGGAAAGUCAAAACAAGUGUUCUGUUCCACUUUGAUGGAUUCAAAAAUGAGAUGAUCAGUGUAGGAGUAAAUUUAUGUAUUUUCGACUAGCGACAAUUGUAAACAGUACUGUGUAAAUAGUAUGGCCACACUUGUUGCUUCAGCUUCCGCUGUAUCAAGUCAUGCUUCUGUUCAACCAGAAGAAAACAAUGUAUAUAAUGAUUCUCUGUCUUUCUCGAAUAAUCAAGUUAUUGGGAAAAGAAGAGUCAGCCAAGAUCUAAAAGGCAUUUCCACUACCAAUUCCACUACUGUUGUUUCUUCACCCUCUCAAAGCUUCCCAGUGUUAGGUAAUGAAGUUGGUGAAUGGGUUUCUAAUCAGAAUCAAUUAGUUUUCGAAUAUAAUGGUGAAAUGUUUACAGCAACGAGCACAAACAGCACAGCUGAGUAUGGGGUGACAAUGGAUUCCCCUUUGUUUGCUCAAAGACACUCUCCAGCAGAGGAGAGACUGAAGCGCAGGUUGAGGUUCUUUUUUCUCAAUCCAGUGCAAAAAUGGGCUGCCACCAGAAGGUUUCCAUUCAAAUUGUUCACUCAAAUUAUCAAGAUUAUCUUUGUUACUGUGCAGUUGUGUUUAUUUGCAUCUUUUCGCGAUAGUCAUGUCUUUUAUGCCAGAAACACAGAGGUAGUGUUUUCACAUUUAUUCUUGCAAGAGUGGGAUGUGACAAGAGAAGCACCUCCUUAUCCUCCUGCUGCUGGACCAUUAGCAGUGUAUUCUAAAAAACAAUUUCACGAGUACUUGGACUUUGCAAUAGAAAAUUAUAUUAAUUUGGAAACCAGUUCAAUGGGGGCAUAUUUUCACCUUAAAAAUUCCAAAGGUUCUUGGAUAACCUACUGUCAAACAGAUUACAUCCGCAGCCAGUUUGAGCCAAACAGCAAUGAGUUCAAAUUUGAUAGUAACACAAAUCAAGAAUGCGUGGAAAUACCAAUUGAUGCAGAUGUGUCGGCUUUUAAAAGCGAAGAUUUCCUUCGAGAAAAAAAUAUUACCGUUAGCGGUCUUUCGUUGGUGGAAGCUACUUUGAUGUUCUCUAUUAAAGCAAUUCACUUCAAACCUAAUGGGCCGCUCAAUGGUCCUGAUUGUUACUCUUUCGAUCUUGGGCUCGUGUUCAACAACCAAGGGGAAGACGGCCAGUUGUUGGUCAGUCUAUCGACUUUAGCUAAACAUCUUGACUGCCACGGAAAAGUAAACCCUCCUGUAUCUGAUGGACCUUCCAAGUCCUUCCGCAGUACCGUCAAUAUCUUGGUCAUCCUCAUUUGCGGUUUCUCCUUCUUCCUUUGUGCUAGAGCAGUUAUAAAAGCCCAAUUAUUGAAAUGGGAAACGAGUGAUUUUUUUCAGCGCCAUUUUAAUCGUCGCAUGAGCAAGCAUGAUCGACUUGAGUUUCUUAACUUGUGGUAUGUCCUAAUUAUCAUCGAUGACGUCUUGUUGGUUGGCGGGUCGAUCAUCAAAGAACUUAUGGAAAACCAGCACAUAGAUUCGGACAUGUGGGAUGUAUGCAGCGUCUUACUGGGGACAGGCAACCUGUUUGUCUGGUUUGGAGUUUUACGCUAUUUGGGUUUCUUCCGAACUUAUAACAUGUUGAUCGUGACGCUGAAGAAAGCCUUCCCUUCUGUACUCCGGUUUCUACUUUGCGCAAUGUUGAUCUAUGCUGGAUUCACUUUUUGUGGAUGGCUCAUUUUUGGUCCAUAUCAUUUCAAGUUUCAAACGAUAUCGUCCACAUCUGAAUGUCUGUUUUCGUUGGUCAACGGCGAUGACAUGUUCGCUACGUUUGCUGGCAUGUCUGAAAGGUCGGCGUUAGUCUGGUGGUUCUCAAGACUCUACCUUUAUUCUUUCAUUUCACUCUUCAUUUACGUGGUGCUCUCGCUCUUCAUCGCUCUCAUAAUGGAUACUUAUGAAACCAUCAAGAUGUAUUACACCGACGGUUUUCCGAAAUCGGACCUUCGCCAGUUUAUCGCUAACGACGAUUGCGUCGAUACCAUCCCGGUCUACGAGUCGCAAUCCUGUUUUCCUCAACUUUGGUCACUGUUGACUCGCCGACGACCUGGCUACGAGGUCAUUGACGACGGUCGAAAAGACGAGGAGGCGGAGGAGCGGCAACCUAUUUUAGCAUGAGAUCAUUUGUAAUUUUGAUACAUAAAAUUGGUGAAUUUUCUCGAGGGGUUACGAGAAAAGAAAUCGGCGGAAACGAGAGAUUAAAGUCUAUUAAAAAAACGCAUCCACAAAACGAAAAAUUCUAAUUCAAAUUUCUUUUCUUUUUUUUUUUUUCUCCCGGGGACCAAUGAUUGAAAGCCGUAUGACAAGCAUGAUUCUAUAUACAAUUUGCAUUUAUGUUUUGGCUAUCUUUGUUUUUUCCGUCUCGUUCACAACGGAGUGUUUCUAUGCUUUUAGCGAAAGAAAAAGGUGUUGAGAGAAACCACAUGUAUAUUUCAUCUUAAAAGAGUUCGAAUAAGAAUUGUGUUUACACAAGCA